CGCCGCCCGUCGAGUCGAAAUAUGAGCAGUGGCCAACAUGAGGCAGCAGCAGCAAGAAAGGAAAAGGUAUUCGAAACGCAACGUACACCAGAAUCCGGCAGUGAAAAUGAGGAAACAGACUCCAUUACGGAUCAGUCGAGUCAAUCGAAGUCUACGAAAUCAGCCACACAAUUUAGCGUGCAGCGUUCGGAUACAGAUGGACUGCGCAUGAAAAUCUCAGCAAUAAGAUUCCCGCCCACAAAAGCAGCAAAUUUACACAGUGUUACAGCAAGUAAGCAAACAAAGGAGCGCAAAAUGAGUGCGCUGGAGAAGGAGGGGGAGAAGGGACGCGAGGCAAGUGUCUGUUCGACAGAAACAAAGGAUAGAUUUAAGGAGCAGGAGAAAGCCAUGUUAGCUGCAAAUCCAACCAAAAAGAUUAAAGUCAAACACAAGAAGAUGACACAAAAGACAAGCAGUAGCAGCAAUAUAAACAAUAAUAAUACCUAUAAUAACAACAACACUAACAAAAGCAAGCGCUCAAAUGCUGCUGCGUUUAGCUCAGAUUCCGAGGAUGAUUUACCGCUAAAGAUGCACAUGCAACAGCGAGCGCCGCGUCUAUUGCUAACAGCCAUAGGACAGAGUCAAGGGGAACACUUGGGCUUGUCCAGUAGCGAUAACGAGGAGCUGCCCCAACUGGUAAAGGCGGCCAUAAAGUGUGUGGAAAGCGACAACGAGGAUGUUGCAACCAAAAACAAGCAACAACUGCCGCAAUAUCAGUCAACGCUGCUGCAGGAUUUCAUGGAAAAAACGCAGAUGUUGAAUCAAGUCAAGCAGCCAGGUGCCGCAAGUGGGAGCCUCUUGCCACAGCAGCAACAGUUGCAGCUGCAACAGCAACGCAAGCGACGCGGUCGCCCCAAAAAGAUGUCCAGCAGUGUGGCAACUGCUUCAAGCUCUGUGGCAGCUGCUGUGUCGAACGUCAAUGAGUCUGCAGACUCAGGCGUUAUAAGCACCACUCCAUCGCCUAAAAUGCCGCAGAGUGCUGCAGCUUCUGAGGUGUCCAAGCCUAAGAUAGGCAUGGCCUAUUUAGGAAAGACAGCGUAUGUGUUAUGCAUUCGCAAGAUGAUGCUACAGCGCAAGCCCUCCAUAAGCCAGGAAACUGUUAUACAUGAACGCAAGAGCGGGUGCAAAAUCAAAAGCCGCCGCUCCUCGGCCGCUAGCAUGUGCAGUAGCUAUGUGUCGGGAACGUCGCGGAUACGGCGGCGUCAUCGACGCAAGAGCUUCAGUCAUUCAAAAUCGCUGAACAUCGACUCUAAGCUGCUCACUGAGAUUGAGAUUAUAGCAAGCACGUUUCACGCUCGUUGUCGCAUCCAGGACGAUCGCCUGACAGCCAGCAGCGGCAAGGAGAAACUGAUGGCGGACGCCAACAAACUGCAAGCGACCUUGACAGCACCAGCAACGCCUUUGCCGCUGCUUAAUGCAAGCUCAGCGACAACUGUUUCAAGCGCCGGCAGCAACGCUUUGAAGCCACUAAAGCGCGCUUUAAAGAAACGCAAACUUAACGAACCGCUGAUAGACUUUGCCAUGCUCUCAGCAAGCGCUGGACAUGCCAAUGGUCAUCAUAGCAACAACGUGGGCAAUGGCAGCAGUAGCAGCAAUGGCGCUAAGCGACGUCACAAAAAGUCUAGUAGCAAUAGCGGCGGCAGCAACAGCUCCAGUCCUGAUGAUCACAAGCUGCCGUUGAAGAAACGCCACUAUUUGGUCACCAGCGGUGCUGAGGUGCCACGUCCACCUUUUGCCAGCAAUGGCAAGCUCAAUGCCGAGGCGUGGGCAGCGGCUGCGGCUGCAGCCAAGAGCAGCGCCAGCACCAAAGCUCAAGCUCAUUUCAAUGCCAAGAAACUGACGCCCAAGAAGCGUCAUCUAUUGGUUAACCAGGAUGCUGCACCAGCUGCCGCUACUGCUGCUGUGGCUGUGGCAGUUGCAAGUAGCGCUGCGCCAUCGCCUUCGCCAUUGCGCGUGGUCAUCGACAGUAAUUCUAUUAGCGGCGGUAAGUUACUGGAUAUAAGUCCCAGCUCGUUGUGCUCGCUCAAGCAGCAGCGACGUCAAGGCGCCAAGUCUCGUGGCUCCAGUAGCGCUGCUGCGGCGGCGGCAGCUGCAGCGGCUGUUGCUGUUGCUGCCGCUGCUAGGGAUGCAUCGCCAGCGGGCAGCAGCAGUUGUCCGCCUCCUGGUGUAUUUGAACCAUCUGUGGAGCUGGAAAUACAAAUACCCAUACCCAAGUUGAACGAGUCGGUAAUUACCAAGUCGGAGGUGGAAUCGCCGCUGCUAGCAGCGCUCGAUAUGAAGGAGGUUGCCGAUAAGAAGGAGCAAUGCCAACGCGUGCUGGAGACGCUGCUGCACAAGACUGGAGGCAAUCUGUUGCUCAAGCGCAAACGCAAGAAGAUAAAUCGAACGGGCUUCCCCACAGUGCGACGCAAGAAGCGAAAGGUCAGUGUAGAGCAGCAGCUGCCACAGGAGCAGCAAGCCGAGACGGACCAACUGCAGCAGACGACGACGCGGGAGACUCGGAGCAACAGCUCUCUGGCAGCGGAGCAGUGCGAUCGUGUGCCAUCAGCGGGAGAAGCUCAGGAGACAUUUGUGGCGCGCAGCAGCAGCCAGCGCACGCCGCGCUUGUCUGUGGUGGCACUGGAGCGACUGCAGCGUCCACAGACGCCGGCGCACAACAGCGUUGCUGGUGGUGGUGGCGUUCAUGCAAAGCGUGGACGCGGCAGGCCCAAGCAGCUAAAGGCAGCACAGCAAGUGGGGCCGGAUCCGCCAGCACCAGCGGAUCCCGUAAAGAAGCGUGGACGCGUUGCCGCUAAGCAGCCUGCGGCAGUGCCGCGUAAUAUAAAGCUACCCGCUGGCGUGGAUCCCAAUACAAACUUUAGUUGUCAGAUACGGCUUAAGCGAGGCAAGAAUAUGCAUCAUCCGGCGUCCGAAACGCCCACGCCGCCAGCUGAGCUGGAGUUGGAGCCGAUUGUGCCACAAACUAGGGAUGAACUGCAGCGGAUUGAGGUAGAGGCGGAGGCAAAACGGCAGAAGCAGCCGACGCCGCUCAAUGAGCAUGAGCCGCUGCCGGCUUUGGAGUGUGCCCACAGUCAGAGCACGGAUUAUGGCAGCUGCAGCGAUGCUAGCGAGGAUAAGAGCAACCAUAAGCGCGCCAAGCGCAAAAAGAACUAUCUAGUGGCGGGACUGUACUCCAACUAUUACAAGCAGGCAGCUGGCGUGGCCACAGUCAACGGAGCAAGUACAACCAGCAAGCCACCACGUCAACCGGGUGAUCCUAGCAGAUUGCUACCGCCACCGGCUUAUUGUGAGCGUUACUAUCGACGCUCACGCCAGGACUUUGAGCUGCCCUUUGACAUUUGGUGGGCUUACAGCCAUGACAAGCUGCCCACGCGGCAUGUGGUGCCUUCAUGGAACUAUCGUAAGAUACGCACCAACGUCUAUGCGGAGUCAGUGCGGCCGAAUCUCGCGGGCUUUGACCAUCCCAAUUGCAAUUGCAAGCCGCAGGCAUCAGGCGCCUGCCUGGACAACUGUCUUAAUCGCAUGGUGUACACGGAGUGCGCGCCCAGCAAUUGUCCAGCAGGCGACAAAUGCCGCAAUCAGAAGAUCCAACGGCACGAGGUGGCGCCGGGCGUGGAGCGCUUUAUGACCACAGACAAGGGGUGGGGUGUGCGCACCAAGCUGCCCAUUGCUAAGGGCACCUACAUACUCGAGUAUGUGGGAGAGGUGGUCACGGAGCGCGAGUUCAAGCAGCGCAUGGCCAGCAUCUAUCUCAACGACACGCAUCACUAUUGUCUGCAUCUGGACGGUGGACUGGUCAUAGAUGGACAGCGCAUGGGCAGCGAUUGUCGCUUUGUCAAUCACUCCUGCGAGCCCAACUGUGAGAUGCAAAAGUGGAGCGUCAAUGGCUUGUCACGCAUGGUGCUCUUUGCCAAGCGUGCCAUUGAGUCUGGCGAGGAGCUCACAUAUGACUACAAUUUUUCGCUGUUCAAUCCCUCCGAGGGUCAGCCCUGUCGUUGCAACAUGCCGCAAUGUCGCGGCGUCAUUGGUGGCAAGUCGCAGCGUGUCAAGCCGCUGCCCAUGGAUGCCAAGUCCAAGGAUGCCGCAGUUGCUGCUGCGGAAGCUGCAGCCAAAGAUGCCGCUGAUGGGCGUGGUGGACGCCAGCGCAAGCACAAAGCCAAGAAACGUGCCCAGGCCAAGGAGACGGCAGGAGCCAGGCUUGCCAUCGUUGCUAAGCAGCAGCAGCUAUCCGAGAAGGAGAAGAAACACAUCAAGCAGUGUAGCAUCUUUUUGGUGCGCAACUUUGAAAAGAUACGUCGCUGCCAGGCGAAGCGUCAAAAGGCAUCAUGCGUGAUCGCUGACACCAACACUGGCGCUGAUUCACCCGGCAGACGUCCCUCCACACCGUCGGCCAGCUCGCUGUUGGCGGCGCAAAUCUCGGCGCUUUGCACGCCGCGCAAUAUGAAGACGCGUGGUCUGACGCAAGCUGUGCAGGAUCCGGAGCUGGAAAAGAUGGCCAGAAUGGCAGUGGUUCUGCGCGAUAUAUGCACAGCGCUGGAGUCGCUGAAAAUGUUUGAGUUGCUUGCUGCCCUUAGCAAUGGCAAGAAAAAGAAGCAGCAGCAUCAGCAGAAGACAGGACGGCUGGAGUUUAAGGCCAUACAAGCGCAAGUGGAGCAGGGACACUAUAAGACGCCGCAGGAAUACGAUGAGGAUAUGUUGCAACUAUUUGCCGAGGCGCGGCAGCAAUAUGCUGAGGAUGCAGCCAAGUUGCAGGCGUUGGAGACCCUGCUGGAGGGUUACGAGCAGCAAAAGGCCGAUGCUUACACUCAGCUGUUGGAGAUACUGGACAAGCCGGAGCUCGUGGAGUGCUUCAAGUCCAAUAAGUUGCAACAAGACGCUGCGCAGCCCAUAGAAUCAACCGCAGUUCCAGCUCCGGCAGCGCCAGCGUCAUCUGAGCUAGUCGCUGGUGACGAUGAGGAUGUUAUAAGCUGCAUUUGUGGACUGUAUAAGGAUGAGGGCCUGAUGAUACAGUGCGCCAAGUGCAUGGUCUGGCAGCAUACCGAAUGCACCAAGGCCGACAUCAAUGCGGAGAAUUAUCAGUGUGAGCGCUGUGAGCCGCGCCAAGUGGAUCGUGAGAUACCUCUCGAUGAUUUCACAGAAGAGGGGCAUCGCUACUAUCUGUCGCUCAUGCGUGGCGAGCUGCAGGUGCGCCAGGGAGACGCUGUCUAUGUGCUGCGUGACAUACCCAUCAAGGAUGAGGCGGGCAAAGUGCUGCCUAGUCAGAAGCAUACGUACGAGACAAUUGGCGCCAUUGACUACCAGGAGUGCGACAUCUUUCGCGUCGAGCAUCUGUGGAAGAAUGAGGAGGGUAAACGUUUCAUCUUUGGCCAUCAUUUUCUGCGCCCGCAUGAGACGUUCCAUGAACCCUCGCGUCGCUUUUAUCCCAACGAAGUUGUGCGCGUCUCGCUGUAUGAGGUCGUGCCCAUUGAAUUGGUAAUUGGACGCUGCUGGGUGCUGGACCGCACUACAUUCUGCAAAGGACGACCGAGGGAGUGCAACGAUGAGGAUCAUUGCUUCAUCUGCGAACUGCGCGUGGACAAAACGGCGCGCUUCUUCUCAAAAGCCAAGGCUAAUCAUCCGGCUUGCACUAAAAGCUACGCGUUUAGAAAGUUUCCAGAGAAACUCAAGAUCUCAAAGUGCUAUGCGCCACACGAUGUGGAUCCAUCGUUGUUGAAAUCAAGAAAGCAAAAGACUGAUAUAGAGUUAGCUGGCACACCUUUAAAGCCGGGCAAACAGGAGCAAAAGUCAGGUGGCACGGGCAACAGAAAACAACGCCAAACGCCAGCAGCUGUGCAGGUGUUGACGCCACAGGCUCCCAACGGGCAGCUGCUUAAAACGAAACGUUCACGUUUAGAGAACGUGUUGAAUGGCAUGAAACUCAAGUGUCUGGAUGCGCAGACAGCGCAGGAGCAGCCUAUUGAUUUGUCCUAUCUGCUGUCGGGAAGAGGCGCUCGGCAACGUAAGACGAUCACGAGCAACACCAGCAGCACUGUAGGCACUCCCUCAGCUUAGUGGGAGGUGCUUCCAUAUAUUGCCAUGUACAUAUUAAAAGAACUUCAGAGGCAUUGCGUACCAUUUAUACUUACAUACAUAUAUACUAGAUACAUAUAUAUAGUUUAGAUACAUAAUUUAAGAGAUAUAUGCAUAGUUAAGUGUAAAGCGCAUAGCACGGUGAUAGUAGUAAUUCUAGUUUUUAAAUUGUUAUGAACAAAUUUAUUGAGCUACUUAUUCUUAUACAAUUU